AUGAAAUUAUUGUUACACAUAUUAAUUUUCGUGUUGAUCGCAUUAUCAUCAGCUAAUUCACUCGACACAAAGAAUGAAGAUGCAUGUGCGAGAAUAGCAAUUGAAUAUCAAAAAUCUAACAAAGAUCCAGAAUUUAGCGCAAAUUAUUCCGAUGUGAAAGCAUGCCUUGAAUC